AUGGCCGUGUGCCAAUCAGCCCUACGCCCGCUCUCGCGGGGCGUAUUGGCCGGCUCCUCGCUGCUUAGCUCGAGCGGAUUGCGCGCAUCUACUACCCUCCUCCAAGAGAAAGUCAUCGCCUCCCGACCGCCGUCUUCCCCCUUCGCUCCUACCUCGCCGCUUCGUUCUCAGACCCGAUACAGCUCAUAUAACUCGCCCGACCCCACGCCUGGUGCUCCGACCCGGAAGAAGGUCACCAUGCAGACGCUGAGCAAUCUUUACAAGAAAGGCGAGCCGAUCGCCAUGUUGACGGCGCAUGAUUUUCCGUCGGCGCAUGCGGCUGAUGCGGCGGGUAUCGACGUCGUUCUGGUUGGUGAUAGCCUGGGGAUGGUGGCGCUGGGAUUGGACAACACGACGGAGGUGGUUAUGGAUGAGAUGAUAUUGCAUUGUCGGAGUGUAUCUCGCGGAGCGAAGAGUGCGUUCAUUGUUGGUGAUUUGCCCAUGGGCUCUUAUGAGAUUUGCCCAGAGCAAGCGGUGGAAUCUUCUCUUCGCCUUGUGAAGGAGGGUCGAGUCCACGGAGUGAAAAUCGAAGGUGGCGAGGAAUUGGGCCCGACAAUCAAGCGAAUAACACAGGCUGGUAUCCCAGUCGUUGGACAUGUUGGACUCACUCCCCAACGACAGAAUGCGCUGGGUGGGUUCCGUGUUCAGGGAAAGACUUGUACAAGUGCCAUGAAGCUGCUACACGAUGCAAUGGUCAUGCAAGAAGCCGGCGUAUUCAUGUUUGUUCUGGAGGCGAUGCCGCCAGAAGUGGCCUCACUCAUCACACAAAAGCUCAAUGUCCCUACCAUCGGCAUUGGAGCCGGAAAUGGCUGUUCGGGCCAGGUCUUGGUGCAAGUUGAUAUGACGGGCAACUUCCAACCGGGCCGAUUCGUGCCGAAGUUCGUCAAGAAGUAUGCGGAUGUUUGGGGCGAGGCUACACGAGGAAUCACUCAGUACCGCGAUGAAGUCAAAAGUCGCGCGUUUCCCUCGCAAGAAUUCACCUACCCUAUUACGAAAGAAGAGCUGGAGAGGUUUGAGGAGACAGUGGACGAGCUUUAUCGGAAGUAA